CCGCGAGACCCGCCGGGUUGCCGGGGCGACGCUUCCGGCUGGCGCGCGCAGCCCCGGGAGCAGGGGAGUUGUGAAAUGGGUGGCUAGACCUGCCCGGCGCUGUGAAUUCGCCAGCGGGAGCGCGCUCGCGGCCGCGCGUUCUCCGCUUUCCCGGUUCCGUCGCUGACGCGUCGUAGACGUUGGGGAGCGGGAAGGCAGCGGCAGCGGGGUCGGGAUGAACAGCGGCGGCAGCUUCGGUUUGGGCUUAGGCUUCGGCCUCACCCCCACGUCGGUGAUUCAGGUGACGAAUCUGUCGUCGGCGGUGACCAGUGAGCAGAUGCGGACGCUUUUUUCCUUCCUAGGAGAAAUCGAGGAGCUGCGGCUCUACCCCCCGGACAACGCACCUCUUGCUUUUUCCUCCAAAGUAUGUUAUGUUAAGUUUCGUGAUCCAUCAAGUGUUGGCGUGGCCCAGCAUCUAACUAACACGGUUUUUAUUGACAGAGCUCUGAUAGUUGUUCCUUGUGCAGAAGUGAUGCAGCCAACACGAACGGUUGUCAUGUGUAACACAACUUUCGAUCACCGCGAAAACACCGUCCUGGGAAAGCGUCCAUGCUUGAUAUCGUUUGGUUCAUGAACAUUAAGUUUCCAGUACAGGUAAAAUCCCAGAGGAAUCCAAAGCCCUCUCUUUAUUGGCUCCUGCUCCAACCAUGACAAGUCUGAUGCCUGGUGCAGGAUUGCUUCCAAUACCGACCCCAAAUCCUUUGACUACUCUUGGUGUUUCACUUAGCAGUUUGGGAGCUAUACCAGCAGCAGCACUAGACCCCAACAUUGCAACACUUGGAGAGAUACCACAGCCACCACUUAUGGGAAACGUGGAUCCUUCCAAAAUAGAUGAAAUUAGGAGAACGGUUUAUGUUGGAAAUUUGAAUUCCCAGACAACGACAGCUGAUCAGCUACUUGAAUUUUUUAAACAAGUUGGAGAAGUGAAGUUUGUACGGAUGGCAGGUGAUGAGACUCAGCCAACUCGGUUUGCUUUUGUGGAAUUUGCAGACCAAAAUUCUGUACCAAGGGCCCUUGCUUUUAAUGGAGUUAUGUUUGGAGACAGGCCACUGAAAAUAAAUCACUCCAACAAUGCAAUAGUAAAACCCCCUGAGAUGACACCUCAGGCUGCAGCUAAGGAGUUAGAAGAAGUAAUGAAGCGAGUACGAGAAGCUCAGUCAUUUAUCUCAGCAGCUAUUGAACCAGAGUCUGGAAAGAGCAAUGAAAGAAAAGGCGGUCGAUCUCGUUCCCAUACUCGCUCAAAAUCCAGGUCUAGUUCAAAAUCCCAUUCUAGAAGGAAAAGAUCACAAUCAAAGCACAGAAGUAGAUCCCAUAAUAGAUCACGUUCAAGACAGAAAGACAGGCGAAGAUCUAAGAGCCCACAUAAAAAACGCUCUAAAUCAAGGGAGAGACGGAAGUCAAGGAGUCGUUCGCGUUCACGGGACAAGAGAAAAGACACUCGAGAAAAGAUCAAGGAAAAGGAAAGAGUGAAAGAGAAAGACAGGGAAAAGGAGAGAGAGAGGGAAAAGGAACGUGAAAAAGAAAAGGAACGGGGUAAAAACAAAGAUAAAGACCGGGACAAGGAACGGGAAAAGGACCGGGAAAAAGACAAGGAAAAGGACAGAGAGAGAGAACGGGAAAAAGAGCAUGAAAAGGAUCGAGACAAAGAGAAGGAAAAGGAACAGGACAAAGAAAAGGAACGAGAAAAAGACAGAUCCAAAGAGAUAGAUGAAAAAAGAAAGAAGGAUAAAAAAUCCAGAACACCACCCAGGAGUUAUAAUGCAUCGCGAAGAUCUCGUAGUUCCAGCAGGGAAAGGCGUAGGAGGAGGAGCAGGAGUUCUUCCAGAUCACCAAGAACAUCAAAAACCAUAAAAAGGAAAUCUUCUAGAUCUCCGUCCCCUAGGAGCAGAAAUAAGAAGGAUAAAAAGAGAGAAAAAGAAAGGGACCACAUCAGUGAAAGAAGAGAGAGAGAACGUUCAACGUCUAUGAGAAAGAGUUCUAAUGAUAGAGAUGGGAAAGAGAAGUUGGAGAAGAACAGUACUUCACUUAAAGAGAAGGAGCACAAUAAAGAACCAGAUUCAAGUAUGAGCAAAGAAGUGGAUGACAAGGAUGCACCAAGGACUGAGGAGAACAAAGUACAGCACAAUGGAAAUUGUCAGCUGAGUGAAGAAAACCUCUCUACCAAAACAGAAGCAGUAUAGGACCGACAAGUGUACCUCUGCACUCAAUGCUGAAAUCAAAUCCAAAGCUUUUAAUUCUCUCAACAAGAUGUAAACAGGAAAGAAAUCUAGUUGAGCGUAAAGAUAGGAUCUAACAGCUUUUCCAGUUGUUAGAUGACUUUGUGACCAUCUUGUUAUUGAGUAAGAAAAUAAAGCAUGGACAUCAUGAAAAUAACAGAUGUUACCCAAACUCAUCUUCUAAAAAUCUGUGUAUUUCCAUGGUGGCUGACACACUUGUCAUGUGAUUUGUUAGUGUUUGCCAAGAACCAUUGCAAAUAAGUUGAACAUCAAAGAUCCAAGUUUGUACUAUCCCUAGAGACUGGAGAUAAGCAUUGGAGGCUCUUUUAAAAAAUGCUAGUUACUGAAUUUUGUAUUGUUUUACUUUUUUUUAAUUUCAGUAUAUACAGUUUGAUGAUGUGCUUGAAAUUGGUGCAAAUAUAUACACACCCUUGUAAGUGCAAAGUAUGUAAGAAGUUUUAACAUUUACUUCACAGGACUUAUGGUGAUUGUGUUAAAUUCUCACUAUUGUGUUUUCUUUGGCUCACUGUUUAGGACAGUUUUUCUUUAAAAUAGUUUUGCAGAUUAAAAUUGCUUAAAUAAGUGGAUUCAAAAACUGACAAUGCAUGCUACUGUUCUCUUUCAAAAGGAAGAGCAACUGUGUUGAAUACUAAUAAUGAUGAAUUAGUAUUCAGUGUUUUAGAAUCAUUGGGUCUACCUGCAAAAUGAACAUUUCUUUUUAAAUUUUCUUGACAUUUCCAAGCUUAUUAUGAAUAAUAUUGCAGUGUGUCUUGUCAGCUGUAGGUGGCAAAGGUGCCCUUAUAAAAAGGAAACUGGCUUUUCAAAAUGGGCUAUGGGAGCACAAGCUGAAGCUUUAGUGCCUUCUACAAUGUGGUAUACUGUUUUCUAGAAUUUUAUAUGUGCUAGUCAUUCUCAAUUCAUAUGGAAUCUAGAUGAAUAUUUCAUUCAUACCUGUAGAGAAGUGUUUAAGUGGUAUGUCAGAACAGCUUCUUACUGAUUUCAUCUAAUAUGAGAAGGAAGUCCUGUUUUCAAGAAUGACAUUAGAGUCAUGCAGCUUUGGGACCAUCAGUUUUAUACUGUGAUAAUUGAAAAUGAAACAUGUUCUUAUUUUCCUUAAAUAGAAGGAAACCCUUUAUAUUGGAUGGCCUUAUUACCUCUCAAUCAUCUUUUCGUAAAUGAUGUGCAGAAAUUGUACUUAAGGACUUAGGAGUAUAUGGGAGGUUAUUGGUUUUAUGUUUAAGGAUAUGUUUACUUGAGUUUAAGAUACAGGUCAUCCAUCAUUCUUAGGCUCACUUUUUACAGAAAGUAUGCAAACAGUAAAGUGACAACACUGCUAAUGUUUUCCCCCAGUACUAUAACUUGUGGUUUCUGAACUGAUUAUUACUAUAUUUUCAAAAAAGUAAUACCUUUUAAUUAGUGUAUUAAAAAAUUAAGUAUAAUUAUUUUAAUGCAAUCUAAUACAAUCAGAUUACUCAGUUGCCUUACCUCAUGGGAAGAGUUACUUUUCUAGAUCUAAAAAGCUGAAUAGCAUGUUCGUUACUUGGUUUCAACUAGAGUUUUCUUUUAAUGUUAAUAAGAUUGAAACUUUAGUAUUUGGUGGGGAAUGGAAAGAGUUGCCCUUAUUGCAAGUAAUGAAGCCUGAUUUGAUUAUGAAGCUGCUUAAUCACUCUUCAUGUGUUCAGAAUUACUGUUUUUUUGUUUGUUUUUCCUUUUUGUCACUGUGUACAUUAAAAUUUUGGAAGAUGCUUUACUAUGUAAAGUAUAGAUGGUCAUUUUAAUCAUUCAGCCACAUAUGGUUGGCUGGUAAACAGCUUAUUCUGAUACAAGAAUGCUUGGGUGCAUAUGGAAAGAUUGUGAAAGAGUGUGUCUUGCAUCAACAGCUGUCUUAUUUAUGAUAUAUAAGUAGAAAUAGAGCAAAUGUUGUUGAAAUCUGUUAUUUUUAGUACCAUUUCUUUAAUAAAGCUAAGUAUUUUAGAGGAAAAUAUUUGUUUAUGCAUUUCAAAAAAGCAUUUCAGUUUUAUCCUGCUCGUUUUAGUUGGCAUUGAGAUUGUUGUGACGUGGAGAGUGUGUGUUUGUGUGGUGUCUAUAAAACAAGUCAUUUAAGGUAUGAGUGUUUUCUUGUACUCUGCACCUAUUACAUGUUUUUUUAUGUUGGUAAUAUUUAAUUUGGUUCCUGCUGCUAAUUAUUUUCUUUGCUGAUAUUUAUUCAGCUUUAAAAUAAUCUUACUAUAAUCUUGAAACACUGAUUUGUAAAAACUAAGAAUGAGUAGGAAUACAAGAGAUCUGGAGAAACAAAUCAGAUUGUUAUUGGGGUUUAACAUUUUCUUACUUGGGCUUAUGGAAGCAAGGCAUUCUAGGGUCUAGAGGGAUGUGUGUGUGUCCAUGUGUGCGUACGCGCAUGUGUGUAUCUGUUUGAGACAUACUUUCUCUGUUGACUUAAAAGAGCUCAUAUUUUCAUUUGUUUAUUUUCUUUCAGGGUAUUUUGUUUUUUUCUUUAAGACUUCUUUUUUUAAAUCCCAGGUAGAUGUUGUCAGAUAAACUUGAGGUAAGGCCAAGAAGACAGACAUUUUAUACUUGAUACUUUCUGUAAUUAUCUUUUUUAGCUUGAUUACAUAGAGUACACUCUGUUCCUUAAGUUGUAGUUGCUAUUUAUCAUUGUAGACAAAUUCUGUUGCCUUUCAGCAACGUAUACUGAACUAGUAUCAUAAGAUGGUGCAUCAGUUCAUAAGCUAGUGCAUCAGUUUUGUGUCAAAACUUUCAAAUCCUGAAGUUCUGCAGUUAUUGUCUUAAUUAUUUUCUAUCUAAUUAGCUUAUAAUUGCAAACAGUAGUCAGCUUGUGAUCUCUGUGUUUCAAGUUCUUUUCUUCAAGAGGUUCAGUACCUACUAUGUUGAUCUUUGGCAGUGCCAGAGGCUUAAAUUUUGACAUGCUCAAUUAAAAAUAAACACUGGCGUUUAUAAUGAAAAGGUUUUUUUUUGCUGGCGGGGGGCAGGGGGGUGGUCCAAGAGAAUUUAUUUUGUGAUAGUAAUAAUUUUCAAGACCUUCAGUCAUUCCUAUGUCUGUGUUGCUAUCUUUAUUUUAAAACUUAGAAUCCUGAUCUAACUCCCCUCUCAAGUGAAGAUACUGUGUAGAUUCAAGAGUUACAAUGUAGAGUAAUAGGCCUUUAAGUUUUUUUCAAUCUUAUUAAAGAGCAUGAUUUAAUUAUUGUUGAAUUAGCAAUUAAAAUGAAUCCCUUUGGAGGGAUGGCAUUGAAUAACUUAUAAUUUCAGUGAAUCAUUUAUGUUUUCAUUGGAAGACAGUAUCUGAUUUUAACUGGGUGCAUUAUGAAGUAGAGCCAUUCCUACGAAGUAAAUGUGCAGUGCCCAUGUGUUUCUUGUGUUUAAAUAUUUUUUAUUUUCACUACAUACAUAUUAUUUUCUUAUGUUUAUUUACUAAUGUAAUUUUCACUUAAAAUUAGAUUAUUUUCAAAUUUUAAAAGCUAGUGCUCUUAAAAGAGCUAAAUUAUAUUUCUGGAAGCAGGAGUUUAGUAUAAAUGUAAUAACAUUUUAAAAUAAAAUUGACUUCCCUACUUA